CGAGCCCCGCGGAGCGGGUACGCCGUGUGUGCGCCCUCCAACCUCGGCGCGGCCCCGGGGGAGGUCCGCGGGGACGGCGGUGGAGCGUGUGCGCGGGCCGGACGUGAGACGUGGAAGGUGAUUAUUCCUCAGCCUCCUAUCACGAAGGCCCAGAUAGUCCACCUCGGAAGGCCAGCUGGAGGGGAGCGGCGGCCAGCCUGCUGCCGCCGAGGAGCGGCGGGCCUUGCGGAGCCCCAGGUUCUCCGUCUCUAGGGGUGGCCCAGAGGCCCUGGGGGAGGAGGAGGAGCCCAAGGGCCCCCUCAGGGUGCAGGACCUGCAGGGGGCCUGUGUGCAGCCUGUCCAUGGUGUGCAGGAGUGGCGGGACGGCUGUGUCUACCAAGGGGAGUUCGGUCUGGACACGAAGCUGGGAUAUGGCGAGUUCUCCUGGCCAACUGGCGAGUCCUACCGCGGGCAGUUUUACCGGGAUCACUGCCAUGGCCUGGGCACCUACGUGUGGCCAGAUGGCUCCAGUUUCACGGGCAUGUUUUACCUCAGCUGCCGAGAAGGCUACGGCACCAUGUACCUAAAGACAAGCCUCUUCCAGGGGUUGUACAAGGCAGACAGGCGGUUUGGGCCAGGCAUCGAGACCUACCCUGAUGGCAGCCAGGAUGUUGGGCUGUGGUUCCGGGAGCAUCUCAUCAAGCUGUGCACGGAGGUGCCUGGCAGCUUCUCCAUGAGCAACUUCCCUGAGUUCUCAGGCUUCCUCAUGCGCUGCCCGGCCAGAAUCAGUCUCUCAGAUGAGGAAAAGAUGGAGUGGGACCUGCAUGAAGAACAGGACCCCUUUUUCUAUGACUAUAAGCGGUUUCUUCUGAAUGAUGACCUAACUCUGCCACCAGAAAUAUACGUUUACUCAACUGACAGUGGCCACCUACCCAUGACCUGCUCUUUCCGCGAAGACCUGGACGCCCGGGUCUUCCUCGAUGACACCCCUCCCUUGGCUGAAGACAGACAGCCCUGGCUCAUCCAGAAUGAGACCCCUUUGAUGGUCAGAAUCCAGAAGCAAACUUACAAGUUCAGGAACAAGAAGGCCCACGACAGCUGGAACAUGGGCGCUAUCCUGGUGGGGAACCGGAGCAGCUUCGCACGCUGCGGGCCCAAGGAGCGGCUGUCCCGGGAGAUGAUCCUGAGGGCCGAAGAAGGGGCCUGCGACUGGAUUCAUGGGGUCCUCAGGGACAACCUUGCCAGCCCCGACGUGGCCGACGCCAAGGGCUACACCGUGCUCGCCGCGGCCGCUGUGCACGGUCACACUGACGUCAUCAGCCUCCUGCUGGACAGCGGGGCCGAUGUGAACAAGCGCUCGGACGAGGGCCUCACGCCUCUCAGCAUGUCCUUCCUCCUCCACUACCCGGCCAGGUCCUUCAAGCCCAACAUUGCCGAGAGGACAGCACCCGAGUCCCAGGUCGGCCCAGCACCCGAGGCCGGGAGUGGGACUGCUGGCUGCCACAGUGGACCAUGCCGACCUAGGGGCGUCAGUGAACCGGAGCAGCAGCUGACCGACGGGCUGCGGGGCACAGCCCAGGGCACAGUGUGCAGCAAUGAGACACCACGGGAGUUGAGCGUGUGUGUGCGCAGCUUCCCCAGUGAGCUGGCCUGGUCACUGCUGGAGCAGAGUGCCCAGGUCUACAGCAUGCUGCGUGGCCCCUCCUUCGAGGCUGAUAGGGGCACCGUGAGGAGGAUGGCACUGUCCAUGGUCAAGCACAGAAACUGGUGGCUGACCAUCAGGCUCCUGCUGCGCCGUGGUGCGGACCCCAACCUGUGCCACGUGCCCAUGCAGGUCCUGUUCUUCGCCGUGAAGGCCGGAGAUGUGGAGGGUGUGAAGCUGCUGCUGCAGAAGGGGGCCAGGACCGACAUCGAGCUCCCUGCCAAGCUGGGGUCCCUGACCCCCCUCCACAUUGCAGCUGCCCUGCCCGGGGAGGAGGGUGUCCACAUAACAGAGCUGCUGCUCCACGCCAUCACCGACGUGGACGCCAGGGCAGCAGACCAGGAUGACGUGUACAAGUGGGACCAGCUAGACCUGCUGCCUUCAAGCCUGAAGCUCAGUGGUGAAACGGGCCCACCCAGCAUCUACUAUGCUGAGCGCACGUCUGCCCUGGAUGAGGGGGGCAGGACAGCUCUGCACGUGGCCUGUGAGCGGGAGGACAACUACAGAUGUGCCAGGGACGUAGUCCGGCUUCUUCUGUCUCACAAGGCAGACCCCACCAUGCUGUGGAGUGGCCACUCCCCACUCUCCCUGUCCAUCGCUAGUGGGAACGACCUGAUUGUGAAGGAGCUUCUGUCCCAUGGGGCUGACCCGAACCUGCGCCUGACCAGAGGCCUGGGCAGUGCCCUGUGCGUCGCCUGUGACAUCUCCUAUGAGCACCGGAGGAGCGUGGAGAGCAAGCUGGCCCUGAUUGACCAGCUCAUUGAUUACGGGGCUGAUAUCCUGAGCCCGGUGACCCUCACUCAGGGGAACAAGGUGGCUGUGGGCACAGCCGUCGACUACGGGUAUUUCAGAUUCUACCAGGACCGGAAGAUCGCCCACUGCCCCUUCCAUGUGCUGAUGCCGGCUGAGCGGGAGACGUUUCUGGCCCGGAAGAGGCUCCUAGACCACAUGGGCUUCCAGCUGCGCUGUGCCGUCCUCUCCAAGGAGAGCCAGUGGGACCCAAAGGCGCUGUACCUGAGCAAGCGAGCGGCGCUGACCCUCUGCCAUAACCCAAGGCGGACAGGCACUGGCCAGCCCAAGGAGCCUCAGGCUGAGCCGGAGCGGAUUCCCUUCUUCAAGUUCUGCUACCAGUGCGGCCGCUCCGUUGGGGUGCGCCUCAUGCCCUGCACGCGCUGCUACGGGAUCCUGACCUGCAGCAAGGCCUGUAAGAGCAGAGCCUGGGCGGACUUCCACGGGAGGGACUGUGGCGCCCUAAUGGCCGCUGGGAAAAUGUACUGGGCUCUGUUCACAGAGAACUCCAGGAAGCCCUUGCAGCCUCUGGGCAGGGCGGCGAGCCGGAAGCCUGAGAUUCACAAGGGGCCACACCCGUCAAAAUGCUUCCAUUCCACCUACAAGCAGGAGUGAGCCGCCAGCUGCCCACGUGACUUCACGGGGCUCUGCAGCCUCCUAAGGCCAUCUCCCAGCCUGCCAGGGAAUGCCUUCACCCCACCCCAGCUGGGAGGAGUGGGGCCACCACCCUGGGCCUCGAGGGGGUGGGAGGGGGAUCCUGAGGUGGUGCUCUGCGGGGCAGGCCCAGGGGUGCAUAGGGAGCUGCAGCCACCCCCAUGGAGCCACGUUCUCCCUCCACGUGCACUGCCCAGCCCACUGUGCCGAGGGGCUUGCUCCUUGGUCCUGGGGCCCAGUGGCUGGGCUCUCAAGCUCUCCAGGCCCCCCGGAGACGCUUUGAAUAUUCAUGUGGUAGACCAGCAUGGGCUGAGCACCCAAUAAAGUGGCCCUCCAGUGGCUGCCGCCUCUGCACUGGCCUCUAGCUUCCAGCCAAGGAGAUGGUGUUGUCAUGCUUGCAAGGCUGGUGCCCAAGCAGCGGAGCAGGGCCCACCCUUUGGGUGAGAAGGGGGCUGGCAGCUUUGUCCCAGGGACUGUGCAGGGCUCUUGGGGAGGCAGGAAACAGGGUGGGGGUCCCUGCUCUGGCCGGUGAUGGGGGGGGUGUCAUGCUGGGGACAGCUGGAUAUCGGACAGUCUGCCAGGCUCAGCUUCAGAGCUCUGGUCCCCAGGCUGGGGGACUGGGCACCUCUGAGGCUACUUGGCAGAACUGGAAGCUUCUACGGGCAUGUGUG